UUUCAGUCAGCUUCUUCUGGGUAUUUUGCCUUUGAUCACAUUGGCUUUUCAAGAGAUGCAGCCCACAAUGUCUUACAUGAGAUUGGCCAUCAUCUCCAUUUCAUUCACAACUUUCUCCAUUUUAUGUGAUGCAAGAAUUUUUGCACAAUUCUUAAAAUCCCAAGACACAGAAUUAGAGAAGAAGCUGAAAGCAAUAAAUCACUUAGAGUUAGAUUUACCAUUGCCUUCCUCAAAUGGUAAGCCACUAGAGGUAAGUCCUCCCUUCUCUUUCCCACCCUUUGAUUCACUGGCACCACUUCCCUUGCCUGGAAAUGUUCCUCUUCCUCCAUACUGUGCAAAUCCACCAUUUUCCCAAAACCCACCUCAACCAAAUACUCCUUCAUCUUCCUCCUCCCCUUCAUCUUCUGCACCCACUUGCUCACCCAUCCCAAAACCACCAACUGCAAAUGGGCCCACCCCUCACCCACCUGGCCCACCCACCACAAUUCCAAGCCCACCCAAAAAUCCUCCAUCCCCACCCAAGCCUGUCCCAGGCCCACCAGCCUUGGCCCCGCCUGUAGCUUACCCUCCACCAUCAGGGCCCACGAGCCCUCCACAGAAAAAGCCACCACAGUCUGGGGCGGUCUGGUGUGUGGCCAAGCCAGCCGUGCCUGGCCCAAUAGUCCAAGAGGCCCUGGACUAUGCGUGUGGGUCUGGUGCAGACUGCAAGUCAAUCCAGCCCAAUGGGUCCUGCUAUAAACCAGACACAUUGUUGUCCCAUGCUUCGUACGCCUUCAACAGCUACUGGCAGAGCACCAGGGCUGCCGGUGGCACUUGUGAUUUUGGAGGGACUGCCAUGAUUGUCACAGUUGAUCCAAGUUUUGAUGGAUGCCAUUUCUUCUACAACGGAUGACUCAUCAAUAUAUCAAAAAAACUUGAUUGCGACACUUCGAAAAUAAGGACGACAAACUCAAUUUCUGGUUUCUCCAAGAAAUGAAUUUUCUUUUCUUUUCUUUCUAUCCAAACAGACACUACAGCUAGUACAUCACAUUUCAUUUUCCCUUUGCAUCUUGAAUUGGAAUUUUCGCUGUAGAAAUAUUGGCAUGUAGUUGAAAGUAACAUUUUGUGUACAUGGAAUAUACCUCUUGGCCAGCUGUCGCAUAUACCCUUUUAGAUAGAAUGAUUAAAAGCGGUGUUAUUGUGUUCCACAUAUAAUUGUCUUAAUUCAUAUUAUUGGGUUGAGAAGGGGAAAAAAUCUACCACCCUACUUGCA